AACAGUAGCAGCUAGCAGCAUUAGCUGACUGUGUGAUGAAUGAAGUGAAGACGGUACUGAGUCACAGCGCAGCUCAUUAUCGAACGAGUAAUUAAAGAAGAAUGAGUUCAGUUGAGAGUUUGAGAGAGUUUGUCAACGAGCGACUAACUGCUGCUGCUGAAGAAAUAUUCAGAGUUUUUAAAACAACUAUCGUCCAGUACGAGGAAGAGAUCGAUCGGCAGCGCGUCAUGCUGGAUAUCUGCUGGAAACCCCAAGUAAAGUUACACAGGAUAGAGCUCCCACAGCAACAUGUCUGUAAGGAGGAGGAGGUUCUGGCUGACCAGCAGCUCUGUAACCAGGAGAGGAACUCCAGUCUGGACCAAGAGGACCCAGAGCCUCCAGAGAUUAAAGAGGAACAGGAGGAACUCUGCACCAGUCAGGAGGGAGAGCAGCUUGUACUGAAGGUGGAGACGGAUACCGUCAUGUUGACUCCAGCUCAUGAGGAAAGUGACCACAGUGAAGCAGAACCAACAAGUGACCACCAGCUCCUCUCUAACAACUCUCAUGUAGCUGAGAGCCGAGACCAGAAAGGAGGAAAACCUGGAGACUCUGGAUCAACUGGAGAUGGAGAGCUGAAGAAAAAGAAAAGACAUCACAGAAAAAAUAAAAAUUCUACCUCAUCAGACAUUCAACACAACACUCACCCAGGUGAAAAGCCUUUCAACUGUGACAUAUGUGGAAAGACUUUUACGUGUGAGUCCGUAUUGGUUAAACACAUAAGAAUCCACACAGGUGAGAAACCUUUUAUUUGUGAAUUUUGUGGGAGAGCUUUCAGCUUCAAGACAAACUUAACACGUCACAUGACAAUCCACACAGCUGACAAACCGUAUUCUUGCAUAACAUGUAGGAAGACUUUCACGCUAAACAGUACCUUAAAAGAUCACAUGAAAACCCACACAGGUGAGAAACCAUUUACUUGCAAAAACUGUGGGAGCACUUUCAGCAGACGUUCAAACUUAACAGCUCACAUGAAAACCCACACUGGUGAGAAACCAUUUACUUGCAACACAUGUGGGAAAACAUUCAGCCAGCGUUCACACUUAAAAAUCCACAUGAUGAUCCACACAGGUAAGAAACCUUUUACCUGUGAAAUCUGUGGGAAGGCUUUCAGGCGUUGUAUUCGAUUAACUUAUCACAUGAGAGUCCACACAGGUGAGAAACCAUUUACUUGCAACACAUGUGGGAAAGCUUUCAAGUCUCUUAGUGAAUUGAAUCAACACGUGAAAACCCACACAGAGAAGCCACACAGACCGUUCACUUGCCAAAGCUGUGGGAAAGCUUUCUUGAAACGUGCACACUUAACAGCUCACAUGAGAACCCACACAGAUGUGAAACCAUAUUCUUGCCAAACAUGCAGGAAGGCUUUCAGGACUAUUAGCAACUUAACUGUCCACAUGACUACCCAUACGGGGGAGGGGUCAUUUUCUUGCAACGCAUGUGAGAGGACAUUCUCUUUUCAGUCUGCUUUGAAUCAACACUUGAGAGUCCAUACAGAUGAGAGGCCGUUUACUUGCAGCACAUGUGGGAAAACUUUCAAGUCUCAUGGUGACUUGAAUCAACAUAUGAGAAUCCACACAGAUGAGAGGCCGUUUACUUGCAACACAUGUGGGAAAGCUUUCAAGUUUCAUGGUGACUUGAAUAAACACAUGAAAACCCACACCAGUGGGAAGCCUUAUUCUUGUAAAACAUGUGGGAAAGAUUUCAGGAAUCGUAGUCACUUAACAGCUCACAUGAGAAUCCACACAGGUGAGAAGCCGUAUUCUUGAAAAACGUGUGGGAAAGAUUUCAGAUUUCGUCCUUUUUUGAAGGAGUUGAAGUUUUUGAAGGGCGGGGGCAAAAAUAAAAAAAUGACACAUACCAGGAGGGCACUUUAACGUGCAUUUUUCAACAAUUGCUCAUGAUCAAUCAUAUUGAAUAGGACGCUGUAAAACCAGAUGGACAAAAUUUGAGGUAUGAAAUGUUUGGUCAGUCCAGAGUCUCGUCUCCAGGUGAUUCUUUUGAGAUUAUUUCUCCGCAAAGUAAUUGGCGUCACGAACAGGACUGGCGGAAAAGGACAGCUCUACAAUCUGCAUCUUGGGCCGGGCGACAUUGCAAAGCGUAUUUUCAAAAAUUGCAAUUUCACCUACGCUUAAGAGCAGUGAGUAAGAUUCCAGAAUUUCUCCAUAACAGGAGCUGUUUUGUUAUUAAAGUGUCGGUGGAGAGGGGUUUGUUUAGGGGGGUUCACUCACACAAUUUGGGGUUUAAUAAAGUGAGAAGUAAUGUUUGUGAUUUCACCAAGUUAGUCGUUUCUAAAUGUGUUGGAAAAUCUGUUGGACAGUUUUGUGUUUCCUUUAAUAAAUUGUGCUUCUCAAUGUUGUAUGGUUUAGUGUUGAUGUAACUGUGAGGUGUUGGAGAGAUUUCUGCUGUA